CACCUUCUUAAAUAAAGCUCCAUAUAUCUGUGAAAGUCUAAAAAUGAAUCCACCGUCUGCCCUGUCAAAGUGGUAUACUCUUCUGAUGCGUACACCAUAAUCAUACCCUGUUGACCAAAUACUCAAAAAAAAAGUGAAACAUGAUUUUCGUCGAAGAAACUACUGAUUCCCUCAAACACCCCACAUUCUCAUACUUCUAGUACUCCAGCUUUCAAAGUGAGAGAGAGAGAGAGAGAGACAAAGUGUGUUCAUGGAGAGCUAGAGUGAGACAUUUUGCCUUUGUUAUUGGUUUUAGGCUGAGCAAAAAGAGGCUUUGAAAAGGCUUUCUAGCUAGGCAGAAGGGUGAGGCGAAGCAGCGAUGGCCAUGACAAAGAAAAUGUGGUUUUUGCAGUGCCUUUUGUUGAUCGAAUGCUAUCUGGUUUUGACAACCGAAGCUGUGGUGCAAGAGAAGGCAGAUACAGCAAUUCCAAUGACAACAUUGUCACCUCCAGAAGGCAACACAACCUUCAUUGAUGGCACAACAUGGUGUGUUGCCCAUCCUGGGGUUUCUCAAGCUGAUUUGCAGAAUGCAUUAGACUGGGCUUGCGGACUCGGAAUGGCAGACUGCAGAGAAAUCCAAGAGGGUGGACUUUGUUUCAACCCUGACACCCUCUUGUCUCAUGCAUCCUAUGCUUUCAACAACUAUUAUCAACAGAAUGGGAAUUCUGAUAUUGCUUGCAAUUUUGGAGGAGCUGCUACCACCACUAAAAACAACCCCAGUUAUGGUAAAUGUUCCUACGGUACAUCUGGACCUGUAAGCUCUUCAGCACCACCAUCGUCCAAGCAUGAUCCAAGCUGUAUGUGGUGGAAACUUGCUGUGCUUCUAUUGCUUCUGUACUUUGGAAGCUGAUCUGCGUGGUUAGUUAAUUUGCUGCACUUAGAAAUUGGUAUUAACCUAUUCAUACCAAACUAUUCAAUGCAAUGGAAAGAGAGAAGCAGGAGGAUCCAGGCUUAAAUAUAUUAUUAGCAUUUUGUUAAGUACCCAAAAAAAGAUAAGGGAUUUUGUAAUUGUGGUUUGUUAAACUAUGCGUGUCUUUGUCGUGGGGUUAGGAAUCUAUAGCUAAGCAGAUCUCUCUUUUCCUUCUUUUAAUUUGUUCCCAUUAUAUGCUUUUAUCUGAUUUUGUCUAAGAUUUGUGUGUUAAGUUAUG